AGAUUUAUAAUUUUCUAAAGCGAAGUAUUAAGUAGCGACUAGCGGUAGAGAUAGAUUAACUUAAACUUCGAAGUAGUCUCAUCAAUAAUUGCUGUUUAUUUAUUGUAUUUCAUUUUUUAUGUGAAAAACGAUGGGAAUAAAAGAAGCCAAUAUAUAUCUAGAUAAUCAGUGGAAUACAUAUUAUGCAGGUCAAACAGUAAACGGACGAAUUGAAUAUGUAUUUGAUAGUCCAAAAAAAGUAAGAGGUAUUCAUGUGAAGUUUAAAGGGGAAGCCCAUACAGAAUGGAGUGAAAGUAAACAGGAGGAAGACUCACAGGGAAAAAGUCAGUCCUCGGAUACACUCCACACUGGAAAUGAAGAGUAUUUUCAAAUAUCCUACUAUCUUCUUGGUAACAAUUCAGGAGGUGAGAUUGAAAUACCAGCAGGCAAACAAGUAUAUAAUUUUACUUGCGCCCUGCCUCCUGUUCUCCCAUCUUCAUUUGAGGGAGAGUAUGGAUAUGUGAGAUAUACUAUUAAAGUAGUGCUAGAUCGUCCGUGGAAGUUUGAUCAGGAAACUAAAAUGGCCUUCACCAUUAUCAACACAUUGGAUUUGAAUCUCAACCCUUCCUAUAAAGAACCAAUACAUUUCCAAAUGGAGAAGACAUUCUGUUGUUUUUGUUGUGCAUCUCUGCCUCUAUCGGUGGAUGUCAGGGCGCCUGUGUCUGGGUACUGCCCAGGUCAAGUGAUACCUUUGACUGUGGAUAUUGAGAAUAAGAGUAAUGUGCAACUCCAUCUUGUAAAAGUAUUCUUGAGAAAGGUGGUUACCUAUCGAACAACAUCUCCAUCUACAGCGAUUAAGAAAUGUAAAGAUAUAAUUGUAACUAUUCAAGAGGGGCCAGUACCUGCUGGUAUAACAAAACAAUAUCUAAUGAACAUAGAGGUACCUCCGAUGCCGCCCUCCAACCUUGUCAACUGUAGCAUCAUCGACUUGGACUAUGACCUUAAGGUGGUGUGUGCAGUCUCUGGUAUGCAUUUGAACCUGAAAGACAGGAAGUAUGUGACAAUAGGCACCGUGCCACUGGUGGGAAUGGCGGGCCAAACUCCGUCCGCUCCGCCUCUCACUUCCGGAGACAACUCACCUGCAGUGCUGCCUGUUGGACCUGGGCAACCAGCUCAGCCGAUGGCUCCGACUGGCAGCGGUGAAGUCCCACCAGGGGGCUGGGUCGUUCCUGGCUCUGUUCCAGCUCAACCGCCAUUCCAAUCUCUGUAUCCAUCAUUAUCUGAGCCUGUGUACAAGGAAUCAAACUAUUCAGCCAGAACCAUACAGGACCGUAACGAGAGCAGCCACAUGGCCAUCACCGGGCCAGCUAACUUUGCGCCCUACUAUCCAACAUACGCGGCUGUACAACCUCCGCCAUUACCCCAAUAACUUUACAUUACUAACUUUUCAAUGCGGCCAAAACACAUCAUAUAAAAUUAUAUAAUCUUAUUUUAUUAUUACUUGCCGCUUAAUAUGUUAUUCUAUUAUUAUUUUAAAGGACGCGUGUGAACUGUAGAUUUAUUUUUACAUUAGGUUUGCUGUAGACUACUGAUAAACAUCAGUAAAUGGUUUUGAACUUCAUAAUAAAUACUACUGUCUCAACUCCUAUCAACCGCAGUCCUUCUGAAAGUGUGAACCUGCAAAUGCCACGAAAUGUCGGGUUAAAUAAAAAUGUAAGUUUUACUCAAAAACCUAAUGUUUAAGUAUAAAGCUGAUGUUUACGUAAAAACCUAAUGUUUACGUUAAUACCUAAUAUUUGCGUAAAAAAAUACAGCUACAGCUACACGAGUUUUAAUACUCUUAAAAGUGUUUUAUUCAAAUAAACGUGUAACACUCGCUUUAAUAAAAAAAAUGCUAUACACAGUUAUAUUCUGGAUGACCUAUUUACACAUAAUGAGCUUAUAAAUUUGUUUUAGGAAUUAAUGUAGCACAAUUAGGUAUCAGGAGAUAAUCGCUAAGCUCCAUGUUAAUAAUUAAAGUCCAAUUUUAUAGACUUAAAACUUAGACGUAUAAAAACGUCUAGAUAGAGCUUCUUGCUGCUAGACAAUCGAUGUAUACAGGCCAGGUUUAUUGCUUUAGUGUGCGUGACAAGCUACGUUUUACACUCGCGAUUGUAUGUCAUUUUGUGUUAGUCGCUCAAAAUAGAAGUUACCAGUCAACCUCAAUUUUUUUUGUUUAUUUAUAUAUAUAAUAUAUUUAUAAUUAAACUUGUUGACAUGUUGUCUAUGAAUUCGGUCUUUAUCAAUAACUGACGUUUGAGUACUUAUCAAAGUAAAUUUAGAAAUCAAUACUAUAAUAAAAUAUAGAACAAUGGUUCCCAUCACUUUCAUUUACUGUCUUUAAUACUCUAAAGUCUAAUAUCAUUAAUUAUUUAUAUGUUUCGUCAUAGAACUUAUCAAAGUAUGAAAUAUUUAUAUUUAAAAUAAUUUAUUCUAUGCAUUCAGAUGAAAACAUUUUAAAACAUCACAAUUUUUUUCUUUUUUUCAUAUCUUAAACAAUUUCAAUGUCUGUACCUAGUUUUAUAUUAUGUUGUUAUCUUAUGUUUUCGUCAUCGUCUGCUUAUUUUAUUUGUACUAUUAUUUAUAGAUCAUAAUCUCCGUCCAGAAAAUCUUAAUUAUCUAUUGGAUAUACAUUUGAAAUUAAACUUUAUUUUUUGAUUUCACUCGAAUCUGUGAAUUACUCGGAAACAAGGUUAUAUUAAAGAUAUAAAACUGUUGGUAUUUAUUAAUGUAGGUGCAAUAUCUAAAUGCAUUUAAAUAAUGAUGUAAUAAUAUGAUGCAGUUUGCAAAAAAAAAAUAUUUAGUAAUCAUAUGAUAUGUUAUGGUAAUGAUCAAAAUAAUAACCACACAACACAUUGACACACACUUAAAAAGUGAUGGAUUAUAUAUAUAUAUAUAUAUAUAUAUAUAAGGUAAUAUGGAUGGAUAUUACAGCUAGGAUGGAACAAAUAUAAUACAGCUAACUGGAGAUAGCUGUCACAGUGAAACUUUCUCUGAACAAAUGUUACUGCUGCCCUUCUUCUUGGUCGCAAUUUUCAUUUCUGAAGGUCGUGCCCGUACUUCAAAGUUUUCGUAACGUUGGUCUCUAAAGCCUUCCACGCGAUUCGGUCCUCGGCCUUCCUUAUUGCAGUCAAAGUGUUAGGCCAGUGAGUUUUUUUAUGACUGUAAGGGUUAAGACGAGCAAGAAGUUCAGCUGAUGGUAAUUGAUACGCCCUGCCCAUUACUAUGCAGUGCCGCUCAGGAUUCUUGAAAAACCCCAAAAAUUCUGAACGGCACUACAAUAAUUGCGCUCGUCACCUUGAGACAUAAGAUGUUAAGUCUCGUAUGCCCAGUAGUUUCACUAGCUACGGCGCCUUUCAGACCGGAACACAGAAAUGUUUACACAUUACUGCUUCACGGCAGAAAUAGGCGCCGUUGUUCUUUACAAAGCAGCCUCCCACUGGUGUCGUGAUCGUCUGCGUGGUCUUUUGCCCUCCACCUUGCCUAUGACUAUCAGUUCCUUUAAUUUACUGGAAAGGCGUCGGGCAAUGUGGCCAAAAUACCCCAAGAUUUAAGAUUUUUUGAUUGCAGAUUGUGGACAAUUUAGUGUUAAUGCGACUACUGCUCUAUUUUGACAUUAUUCUGACGUGUGUAAGAAAUCUGUGUGAAACAGUCAUUUGCACAAAAAAAAAAUUAAGUUAAGAUUUGAUAUUGUUUAUAAUCUCAGAAAAAAGAAGAUAAGCUUUUUGACUAUUUUUAGAUUUACAAACUAUUUAUUGGAUGUUUUUUAUUUAUAAUUAUUAACAUCGACCUUAAAACUUAUAUAUAAGCCUAAUAAAAGAACAAUGCUUUCGGAUAUUGGAAAAAUAGAUCUUAAUAAUAAGUUUCCUGUACCCAUUCUUCUCAGGUAUGAGGUAUACUUUUUCGAAUGGGUGGUAUUUUUUGACUUUCAAUAAGUGUAAUCAUAUCCUAUUUUGAUUGAUAAUAUUUGAAUUGAUAUAAAUGUACAGGUAAGAAUGCUUUUUACCAUAUAUUAUGAUUGUUACCUGAUCAAUAAGCAUUUAUACCCCCCCAUACUGAAAUGUAUGCAUUGUGAAUACUUAUUUAUAGGUAUUAGUACCUAGUGUACCUACUGGUUUAUAAGGUCGAUAGUUAACAGAGUUGAUGGUAGCUAUAAUCCUAAUACCUUCUAUAUAAUGUUUUGAUAUUAUUAUAAUAUGUUAUUGUAUUUAUAA